AUGGCAGCCGUCCUCCCCAGCUUGGCUGUCCCCCAGCCCAUCCCCCAAGCCAAGCAGCAGCAGCAGCAUUCCGCACAUCAACAAAACAGCAGCCUGUCCUCGUCUCCCCGUCAAUUUCCCUCAGACCUCACUUCUCCCAUCCUCGAAGCCGAUGAAUCCGAAAGCGAAUCUCCAAACGAACCUGUGACCCCCAUCAGCAGCGGCAGACAGUCCCAGGAGUUCACCACUCGCCCAAGUCAGGAUCACGGCAUCCACCAGGCUCAGGCUCAGACCACACCAAAGCCUCUUCUGGUCAACACCGCUGACACCACCUCGACGGCGGCAUCAGCAACACCCACCGCUAACACGCCUGCCCCGGCUCCGGCUGCCGCAACUGUUGCUGCUGACCAAGAUACGCCACCAACUCCGCUGUCUAGGCGGCCUACCCGAGGCUCGACUUCCAGCUUUAAGCGGACCAUGUCCAACACCAUGUCCACCCUUUUCCGCAGGUCCAACUCGUCCUUCAACAGACCCGAUCUUGGCUUCACCAUUGACCAGACCAUUGGCGCCUCCGAGAGUGCCUUGAUCGACCCGUCUCCCCCUAAGAGCAGUGGAAGACGGUUCUCCAUGAACACCUCACACAACACCACGAGGUCCAACACGCCUCCUUCGCCGGGCUCCCCCGUCGGGGUGGCCUCCUCGUACAAGGAGACAUCCUUCAUGCCCAGUACGGAUGACUUCAACAAGAAGAAGAACCGUGCAUCAACCGGCAUUUCCCUCCGAGGACGCGCUGUCAAUUUCGUCAACGCCAACGUUCCGGGUCGGGAAAAGCACACACACAAGGUGCACCUAGGAAGACGCCGUGCCAGCAGCUUCGAGAACGUCCCCCGUCAUGAUCCCGCGAUAAACCACCAAGCCAACUCCACAAACCCCGCCAUUCCUCUGGAGAAGAACUCUCCUUGGGCGCAACUGCCUGACGCCGGCGUCGGUAUCAAGGCUCGUCGUCUGAGCUUGAGUCUCCCCGACGACUUCCAGGUCGACGUUGGUUCGCUGACCCAAGAGUACGAUUACACCUCCAAAUUCGGCCGUCAUGGCAAGCACCUCGGCAAGGGCGCGACAUCAAAGGUGACUCUGAUGUGCCGGAAGAACUGCCCUGGCGAACUGUACGCCGUCAAGGAGUUCAGAGGCAAGACGAAGAAGGAAUCCCAAGAGGAGUACGAGAAGAAGAUCAAGUCUGAAUUCAGCAUCGCCAAGAGUUUACAUCACCCCAACAUUGUCGAGACGAUCAGACUCUGCACCGACCAUGGCCGAUGGAACCAUGUAAUGGAGUACUGCGGAGCCGGCGACCUAUUCUCGCUACUGGAGCUGAAGUACUUGAGGGAUCCUGAUCGCCAUGUUGACCGUCUUUGCCUGCUCAAGCAAUUGGUCCAGGGCAUCAACUACCUGCACAGCAACGGUAUCGCUCACCGCGACAUUAAGCCCGAGAAUCUUCUCAUCACCAAAGACAGCAAGCUCAAGAUCACCGAUUUCGGCGUCUCAGAAGUCUUUUCUGGCACUCACCCCGGCCUCCGGGAAGCCGGCGGACAAUGUGGCAAGAACAUGUGCGAUGUCCGCUUGUGUUCUCCCGGCAUGUGCGGUAGUGAGCCAUUCGUGGCCCCAGAGGUGCUCUUGAAGGAUCGCAAAUACGACCCUCGUGGCCUGGACGUAUGGAGCGCCGGUUGCAUCGGCAUCUAUCUCUGCUUCGGCGGUGGCUUGUGGACGAGAGCAGAGGCCGGGAACCAGUGGUUCGACAAGCUGUGCCAGGUAUGGAAGAGAUGGGAGACGAAAAACCCGGAUAUCAACCCGAAGAAGGCAGACAACCUCCCACACUUCCCCCCCUUCGACCACCUUAGCCAUCCCGUCGGGUUCAAGCGCCUGUUGCUCAGGAUGCUCGACCCCAACCCCGACAGACGGGCCAGCAUUUCUGACAUCAUCAACAAUCGCUGGUUCAGGGACCAGGUUGAAUGCUGCCAGUUGGAAAACUACGACGACCCAGUAACCAUUAUCGAUGCAUCUAAGAAGAGCGAUGCCCAGACAGUUACCAAGGUGUUCUGCCACAACCACCUGCCUCUCCAAAGCCAUGGGCACUCGCUAGGAAAGAUGCCUGGCCAGGCUGGGUAUUGA